AUGGGAGAUCAGCAACUGUACAAGACCAACCACGUGGCCCAUGGUGGUGAGAACCUUUUCUACCAACAGCCACCCCUUGGUGUCCACAGUGGGCUGAACCACAACUAUGGGAAUACAGUCACAGGGGGUGGAAUGGAUGCCGCUCAGGCCUCGCCCAUCUCCCCCCACUUCCCUCAAGAUACUCGGGAUAGUCUGGGCCUACCUGUUGGUUCCAAAAACCUUGGCCAAAUGGAUACCUCGAGGCAGGGAGGGUGGGGAGGCCAUGCAGGGCCUGGAAACCAUGUCCAGCUACGUGGCAACCUGGCCAACUCAAAUAUGAUGUGGGGGGCACCCGCCCAGGUGGAGCCCGCUGAUGGCUACCAGUAUACCUACUCCCAAGCCAGUGAGAUCCGGACCCAGAAGCUCACCAGUGGUGUCUUACACAAGCUGGACUCUUUCACCCAGGUGUUCGCCAACCAAAACCUGCGAAUUCAGGUCAACAAUAUGGCCCAGGUGCUGCACACCCAGUCAGCAGUGAUGGAUGGAGCCCCUGACAGUGCCCUGCGCCAGCUGCUGUCUCAGAAGCCCAUGGAGCCCCCAGCACCGACUAUACCUUCCCGCUACCAGCAGGUGGCCCAGCAGGCUCACCCUGGUUUCACUGGGGGAUUGUCCAAACCAGCCUUUCAGGUCGGGCAGCACCCGUCCCAAGGGCACCUGUAUUAUGACUACCAGCAGUCACUGGUUCAGAUGCCAAUGCAGGGAGGACAGCCGCUGCAAACCCCACAGAUGCUGUCACAGCACAUGCAACAGAUGCAGCAGCACCAGUAUUAUCCACAGCAGCAACAGCAGCAAGCAGGGCAGCAGCGGAUCUCCGUGCAAGAAAUACAGCAGCAACAGCAGCAGCAGCAGCAGCAGCAGCAGCAGCAGCAACAACAGCAGCAGCAGCAGCAGCAGCAACAGCAACAGACUCGCCCACCACAGCCUCAGCCGCAGCCGCAGUCGCAACAGCAGCUACCACUGCAGCAGCGGCAGAGUUCAAUGCAGAUACCUCAGUAUUACCAGCCCCAACCCAUGAUGCAACACUUGCAAGAACAGCAGCAGCAACCAGUGCAUCUGCAGCCCCCUUCUUACCACAGGGACCCUCAUCAGUACACCCCGGAGCAGGCGCACGCUGUUCAGCUGAUUCAUCUGGGCUCCAUGCCCCAGUACUACUACCAAGAACCCCAGCAACCCUACAGCCACCCCCUCUACCAGCAAAGCCACCUGCCCCAGCACCAGCAGCGUGAGGACAGUCAACUGAAGACUUAUUCUAGUGACAGGCAGGCCCCGGCCAUGCUGAGCUCCCACGGGGAUCUGGGGCCUCCUGAUACAGGAAUGGGAGACCCAGCAAGUUCGGACCUGACCCGGGUUAGCAGUGCCCUCCCCCACCGACCACUCCUCUCCCCCAGUGGGAUCCACCUCAACAACAUGGGGCCUCAGCAUCAGCAGCCGUCUCCCAGUGCCAUGUGGCCCCAGAUGCACCUACCUGAUGGGAGAGCCCAGCCGGGGUCCCCUGAGUCAAGUAGUGGCCAACCCAAAGGAGUGUUUGGGGAACAAUUUGAUGCCAAGAGCAAGCUGACGUGCUCCAUCUGCCUGAAAGAGUUCAAGAGCCUGCCCGCCCUGAAUGGCCACAUGCGGUCCCACGGUGGAAUGAGGGCGUCCCCCAGCCUCAAACAGGAGGAAGGAGAGAAGGCCCAGCCGCCUCCGCCCCAGCCGCCACUGCCGCCUCCGCCUCCACCGCCACCGCAGCUCCCUCCCGAGGCAGAAAGCCUCACGCCUAUGGUCAUGCCCGUGUCUGUCCCUGUCAAGCUUCUCCCGCCCAAGCCCAGCUCUCAGGGGUUCACCAACAGCGUCGUUGCCGUCCCCUCCGCCAGAGACAAGCCAGCCAGCUCGGUGUCGGACGACGAGAUGCCUGUGCUCGUGAGGAUGACCCUCUCUCCCCCUCACUCCCCCCAGGGGGCUGCCCCCCACGCGCCUGCUGAAAUCCCCCGGAAACACCAGCCCGCCGUGGCCAAGGCUGAGGAGCCCCUCAAGACCGUGCAGGAGAAGAAGAAGUUCCGGCACCGGCCCGAGCCCCUCUUCAUUCCKCCUCCGCCCUCCUACACCCCGAACCCCACCUCCUACUCCGGCGCCACCCUGUACCAGAGCCAGCUGCGCUCCCCGCGCGUCCUCGGGGACCAUCUGCUGCUGGACCCCACCCACGAGCUGCCCCCCUACACGCCCCCGCCCAUGCUGAGCCCGGUGCGCCAGGGCUCGGGGCUCUUCAGCAACGUCCUCAUCGCGGGGCACGGCCCUGGCGCCCACCCGCAGCUGCCCCUCACGCCCCUCACGCCCACCCCAAGGGUGCUGCUGUGCCGUUCCAAUAGCAUUGAUGGCAGCAACAUGACGAUCACCCCAGGGCCUGGAGAGCAGACCGUGGAUGUUGAACCACGCAUCAACAUUGGCUUAAGAUUCCAAGCAGAGAUCCCAGAACUCCAGGAUGUCUCUGCCCUGGCCCAGGACACACAUAAGGCCACACUGGUAUGGAAGCCCUGGCCAGAGCUGGAAAACCAGGACCUCCAGCAGCGAGUGGAGAAUCUUCUGAAUUUGUGCUGUUCAAGUGCAUUGCCAGGUGGAGGGACCAAUUCUGAAUUUGCUUUGCACUCUCUCUUCGAGGCCAAAGGUGAUGUGAUGGCUGCUCUGGAAAUGCUGCUGCUGCAGAAGCCAGUCAGGUUAAAAUGUCAUCCUUUAGCAAAUUACCACUAUGCCGGUACGGACAAGUGGACCUCCCUAGAAAGAAAACUGUUUAAUAAAGCACUAGCCACUUACAGCAAAGACUUUAUUUUUGUACAGAAGAUGGUGAAGUCGAAGACGGUGGCUCAGUGCGUGGAGUACUACUAUACAUGGAAGAAGAUAAUGCGGUUAGGGCGGAAACACCGGACACGACUGGCAGAAAUCAUCGACGACUGUGUGACAAGYGAAGAAGAAGAAGAGUUAGAGGAAGAGGAGGAGGACCUGGAGGAAGACAGGAAAUCCACAAAAGAAGAAGAAAGUGAACCCCCAAAGUCCCCGGAGCCACCACCAGUCCCUGUCCUGGCUCCCACCGAGGGACCACCCCUGCAGGCCCUUGGCCAGCCCUCCGGCUCCUUCAUCUGUGAAAUGCCCAACUGUGGGGCUGUGUUCAGCUCCCGACAGGCACUGAAUGGCCAUGCCCGCAUCCAUGGUGGCACCAACCAGGUGACCAAGACUCGAGGUGCUGUCCCCUCUGGGAAGCAGAAGCCUGGCGGCACCCAGAGUGGGUAUUGCUCUGUGAAGAGUUCACCUUCUCACAGCACCACCAGUGGCGAGACAGACCCCACCACCAUCUUCCCCUGCAAGGAGUGUGGCAAAGUCUUCUUCAAGAUCAAAAGCCGAAAUGCACACAUGAAAACUCACAGGCAACAGGAGGAGCAGCAGAGGCAAAAGGCUCAGAAGGCAGCUUUCGCAGCAGAAAUGGCAGCCACAAUCGAGAGGACUACGGGGUCGGUGGGGACGCCAGGGCUCCUGCCUCUGGACCAGCUGGGUCUGAUCAAGCCCAUCAAGGAUGCAGAUACCCUCGAUGACGACGUGGUCCAGCAGCUGGGAGGCGUCAUGGAAGAGGCUGAGGUCGUGGACACCGAUCUUCUCUUAGAUGACCAAGAUUCAGUUUUGCUUCAGGGUGACGCGGAACUCUAAAGCCCUGUUUGUUGCUUAGAGACAGUGAGAACCCACUGCCUCCGUCUUUAUUAAUCAGGAAACCUGGACUGCCCGCUUGUUUUGUAACCCUUUUAAACUACCUGUUUAAAAAGUGGUCGUUUUAUUCAGGUUUAGAAAAAAAAUCCAGUUUCUUUUCCUUUUUUUUUUUUUUUAAUUGUUGGGGGGGUUGGGGGAAUAAAUAAUUGGCACAACUAUCUUUAAGAGGUGUUUCAUCUGGGCUACAUCCUCACAAGAUCAUUCCCAGCAGGGAAUGGACUUGGCGUCCUGUUCCGUUGCUUUCAGAUGUCAACCAUCCUGGUUG